UGGCGGUGUGUGCCUGAUUGUUUACGGAAAAAGAAAAGAUGAAAUUUCGUUAGACAUCUCGUUACUAACCUAAACCGACAAAGUACGGCUUUCUAAUGUUACUUAAAUGUGUAAAAUGGACAUGUUAGUUGACAGUGUGAUUUCAAUACAGCUCGGAAAUCUCGCCGUUUAAAGAGAGACGUUUUUAAAGAGAGAAGUUUUUACGACUUACUUUUCAAACCUUCCUCGCUAUCGUUAUUAAAAGUGUUCUUAACGCUCUGCAGGCGUCUGGACGCAGAAUGAUCCUGCUCCGUGUGUUAAUGCUGUUGUUUCUUCAAAUGAACGCUAACUGCAUGAAUCUGAACUGGACAUCACACGACAGACCAAACAUAGUCAUGCUCAUGUCUGAUGCCUUCGAUGGCAGGUUAACUUUUUCUCCUGGCAAUAAAGUUGUACAGCUGCCUUACAUCAACUAUAUGAGGGAAAUGGGUGCAGUUUUUCUCAACUCGUACACUAAUUCACCAAUCUGCUGUCCUUCUAGGGCAGCUAUGUGGAGUGGCCAGUUUGUGCAUUUGACUCAGGCCUGGAACAAUUAUAAAUGUCUGGAUCCCAGUGCCAGCACAUGGAUGGACCGUUUAGGAAAGAGUGGCUACCACACUCACAGCAUGGGGAAACUAGACUACACAUCAGGACAUCACUCUGUCAGUAAUCGGGUGGAGGCGUGGACCAGAGACGUUCCAUUCCUGCUGAGACAAGAGGGCCGUCCGGUCACAGAUCUGGUGGGUAAUACAUCCACAAAGAGGGUGAUGACUAAAGACUGGAACAUCACUGAUGCUGCCGUCCAGUGGAUCCGACACACUGCUGUGUCUCUCGCCCCGCCAUUUGCCCUAUACGUGGGGCUCAAUCUCCCUCACCCGUACCGCACAGACUCCCUAGGACCCACAGCCGGGGGUUCCACCUUCCGCACCUCCCCGUAUUGGCUAAACAAGGUUUCUUACGAUCAAGUGUCUGUUCCGAAGUGGUUACGGGUUGAAGACAUGCACCCUGUGGAUUACUACUCCACCUUCACCAAAAACUGCAGUGGCCACUUCACAGAAGAAGAGAUCAGAAACAUUAGAGCCUUUUACUAUGCCAUGUGUGCUGAAACAGACAGCAUGUUGGGUGAGGUGAUAGAUGCUCUCCGAGACACUGGCUUACUGAAAAAGACAGUCGUACUGUUCACUUCGGAUCAUGGGGAUCUAGCAAUGGAGCACAGGCAGUUCUAUAAGAUGUCCAUGUUUGAGGGCAGCUCUCAUGUCCCCCUGCUUAUAAUGGGCCCAGGAGUGAAGACUGGCUUUGAAAUCAGUCUACCUGUGUCUUUAGUGGACAUUUAUCCCACUCUGCUUGAUCUUGCUGGUAUUCCUCAGCCAGGGGGUCUCAGUGGUCACUCGCUGAUCCCUCUGGUUUCCGGGGUCAGAGCACAGUCAGGAGAGCCUCAUCCUGGCUGGGUGCUCAGUGAAUAUCAUGGUUGCAAUGCGAAUGCCUCCACGUAUAUGCUGAGGAUCGGCGAGUGGAAGUACAUCACAUAUGCAGAUGGAUUGACCAUUCCCACACAACUCUUUAACUUGUCCAAAGAUGAAUCAGAAUUGAGAAAUGUUGCAUCACAUUUCCCUGAUGUAUGUCAGGACUUGGACAAGCUGUUACGCACCGUUGUGGACUAUCCCAGUGUUUCCCAAGCUGUUCACCACUACAAUAAACAACAGUUUCUGGAAUGGAAGCAAAACCUAGGAGACAGUUACUCCCAGAUCAUAGCCAACCUGCGAUGGCACAUUGACUGGCAAAAGAAUGCCAAGUACUAUGAGAGAGUUAUUGAAGAGUGGCUGUUGGGGUUUAAUUGAUCAUCCGUUAUAUAACUGUCAGUGAUCAACACAAACAAGAUGUAUAUACAGACCAAAAGCUUGGACACACCUUCUCAUUCAAAGAGUUUUCUUUAUUUUCAUGACUAUGGAAAUUGUAGAGUCACACUGAAGGUAUCAAGGGCUAUUUGACCAAGAAGGAGAGUGAUGGGGUGCUGCGCCAGAUGACCUGGCCUCCACAGUCACCGGACCUGAACCCAAUCCAGAUGGUUUAGGGGUGAGCUGGACCGCAGAAAGAAGGCAAAAGGGCCAACAAGUGCUAAACAUCUCUCGGGGAACUCCUUCAAGACUGUUGGAAGACCAUUUCAGGUGACUACCUCUUGAAGCUCAUCAAGAGAAAGCCAAGAGUGUGCAAAGCAGUAAUCAAAGCAAAAGGUGGCUACUUUGAAGAACCUACAAUAUGACAUAUUUUCAGUUGUUUCACACUUUUUUGUUAUGUAUAUAAUUCCACAUGUGUUAAUUCAUAGUUUUGAUGGCUAAAUUGUGAAUCUACAAUUUCCAUAGUCAUGAAAAUAAAGAAAACUCUUUGAAUGAGAAGGUGUGUCCAAACUUUUGGUCUGUACUGUAUAUAUAAAGUAAGCUUUUAAUUUAGGCAAAAAUAUAAUUUAUUGUUUUAAUUUUGGCAUAAAUGUUACAGGUCCCGGGCAGUCGGGAAGACUGUAAGCAGUAAUCAACUUGACAUUAAAUGAGCGAGAGAGACAAGAAUCAGUUGUUUCCUUAACGGUCCUCUUUGUUGUCUUUUAAUACACAUAAACAUUUGUAUUUCAGAGUCAGUAAGAUACUAUGAAUCACAAAAUUAUUCAUAAACACGUUGGUAAAAAAUAAUACACACUGUAUAGAUCAAAUAAAUAAUAAAUAAUGUUAAAUGAUAGCAACCUUAACCGAAAAUACAGAAAUGCCCUAAUUCUUACAACUGGCA